AUGGAGGGGACUGAAGUUUUAAUAAGCAUGCGUGAAGACCCUAGCUUUCAUGUUCGCUACAGAAUGGAGGCAUCCUGUCUUGAGCUGGCUUUGGAAGGGGAGCGGUUGUGCAAGUCAGGAGACUGUCGGGCUGGAGUUUCUUUUUUUGAGGCGGCCGUACAGGUGGGAACAGAAGACCUGAAAACUCUGAGUGCCAUAUACAGUCAGCUGGGGAAUGCAUAUUUCUACCUGCAUGAGUACAACAAAGCAUUGGAAUACCACCAUCAUGAUCUAACACUAGCAAGAACAAUUGGCGAUAGACUCGGGGAAGCCAAAGCCAGUGGAAAUCUUGGCAACACUUUGAAAGUCUUGGGUAAUUUUGAUGAAGCAAUUUUAUGCUGUGAGAGGCACUUGGACAUUUCUCGAGAGUUGUUUGAUAAGGUUGGGGAGGCUAGAGCACUUUACAACCUGGGAAAUGUGUACCACUCAAAGGGAAAAAGCUUGGCAUGCAUUGGGACACGUGAUCCUGGAGAGUUUCCAGAGGAGGUGAAAAUAGCCCUACAGAAGGCUGUGGAUUUUUAUGAAGCUAAUUUAUUAAUUGUAACGGAAUUAGGAGACAGAGCGGCCCAGGGGCGAGCAUAUGGCAAUCUUGGGAAUACACACUAUCUACUAGGAAAUUUCCAAAAAGCUGUCAUGUCCCAUGAGCAGCGACUUCUUAUUGCUAGGGAAUUUGGUGACCGGUCUGCUGAAAGAAGAGCUUACAGCAAUCUUGGAAAUGCAUUUAUCUUCCUUGGUGAAUUUGAAAUGGCAGCAGAGUACUACAAGCGCACAUUGCAGCUGGCCCGUCAGCUGAAGGACAGGGCUGUGGAAGCCCAGAGUUGUUACAGCUUAGGCAAUACAUAUACCUUACUUCAAGACUUUGAGAAGGCUAUUGAUUAUCAUCUGAAACAUCUUGUUAUUGCUAAGGAACUCAGUGACAGAGUGGGAGAAGGGCGGGCUUGUUGGAGCCUGGGGAAUGCUUAUACUGCCUUAGGUAACCAUGACCAAGCUGUGCACUUUGCAGAGAGGCAUUUGGAAAUAUCCAGAGAGUUAGGAGAUCGAAAUGGAGAAUUGACAGCCCAGCUGAACCUUUCCGACCUACAAAUGGUACUGGGGCUUAGCUAUAGCACAAAUUCUUCAGUGUUGUCUGAAGUGCAGGAUGUGGACACCAGUUCCCUUGGUAAGAACACGCUGAAGCUGAUUUACUAA